UAACACUAUUGCCACGGGUUGUUUUUCAUGUCUUCUGGUUGAAAAACGAGAUCAAUAACGUGAUAUUUAUCCCCUGGAAUGCGAAUUUUACCAGGGGAACCCCGCCAAAACUUGGUAUUUUAUCCCCGGAACGCGAUAUUUAACGGGGACCCCCUCGAAACGCGAUUUGGCUAGUUUUGAGUAGCGAUUGGGCGGGUUUUGAUGUGAAAACCUGGCAACCCGGGUGUCACCCCUCUAGACAAGCCCCUGACUAAUACCCGACAGCAAACUGCUGGCACUUUUAAUUUAUCAUUUACUGAUACAAAAUUCAAAUGAUUUACAACGGUCGCGAUAUUUGUCAUUUCCGGUGUAUGGUGUCCACACGUUUUCAAGUUAUAACUUAGCUGAUUUUGAUACGUCCAUUAGUCGAUGCGUAAUUAUUGUUUUAAUUGUGUUGCCACUUAAAUUUUAGUAUCAUAUAAUAACAUUUUAGCUAAACGUCAAACAUAUUGAUAGGUUUCAGCAAAAUGAUGGAAUCGUGUUUAAAUCAUAAGCCUGAGAAAGUUGCCUCUUUUACUUUUGAGGACAUCAGGAAAGAUAUUUCCUCCGACUUCUCCAAAUUAUCAGAGCAGGACUCAGUAUUGCUGGAAAAAGAGCAUUUACAGGUCUAUCUCCGUGUACGUCCAUUCACGACUUCAGAGAGAGCAGAAGGAGCAUCACAGGAGUGUAUCUCAAUUGAGCCUCCAGAUACUGUGAUUCUAAAGGCACAUAGAGCAUCUCUGACAGCCAGACACAGUGAGAGAUUCGGCCCACAACAGGCACAACGAUUUCAGUUCUCACAGGUGUUUGGUCCAGAUACAACUCAAAGAGAGAUAUUUGAUGGAACAACCAAAAGCCUUGUGAAAGAAGUCUUGGAUGGAGGAAAUUCUUUGAUCUUUACGUAUGGAGUUACUAAUGCUGGGAAGACAUUCACUUUUCUUGGCCCUGAUUCAGAUUGUGGAAUUCUGCCCAGGUCAUUAAAUGUGAUCUUUAAGAGCAUAGAAGGCAGAAUUUAUUCUCAAAAUAGCAUUAAGCCUCACAGAUGUGUCGACUUUAUAAAACUCACUAAAGAGCAGCAGGAUGACGAAGCUACAAAUAAGAGAAACCUUCUUCGACGAUUUAAAGAUAUUGACCCCCAGAAAACUCUGUCUAGCAUGUCCAGUUCCAGUUGUUCAUUAUUUGAAAGUUCCACCUUUAAUGACACAAACAGGGACAGUGUCUGUUUGGAUGACACCUCUAAUGUUAAAUUCUCUGUGUGGGUCUCCUUUUGUGAAAUUUACAAUGAAAACAUCCAUGAUCUCCUUGAUGUUGUUCCAAAUGGCUCUCACAGAAGGAAUGUUUUGCGGCUAGCCCAAGAUGAAGGCAAUGCUUUUGUCAAAGAUCUAAAAUGGGUUCAAGUUAACAGUGCAGAGGAAGCAUUAAAAGUUGUGAAAAUCGGAAGGAAAAAUCAAAGUUCUUCAUCCACCAAGCUCAACAAUGUCUCUAGCAGAAGCCACAGUAUAUUUUCCAUUCGGAUCUUGCGGAUUGAAGAUGUGGGUGUUCCUCGAGUUCAGACAAUUAGCGAGUUGUCAUUAUGCGAUUUGGCUGGAUCUGAGCGAUGUGCAAAGACUCAGAACCAUGGAGACCGCUUAAAAGAAGCUGGAAACAUCAACACAUCCUUGUUAACGCUAGGGAAAUGCAUCAAUGCUCUGAGGCUCAGCCAAACGCAGCCCAAGAUUCAUCAGCAUAUCCCCUUCAGAGAGAGCAAGCUCACACAUUAUUUCCAGGGUUUUUUCUGUGGCCGUGGAAAAGCCUGCAUGAUCAUUAACAUAAACCAGUGUGCCUCAGUGUACGAUGAAACCCUGAAUGUCCUCAAAUUCUCAGCAUUGGCUCAGAAGGUGGUGGUACUCAACCCUAAACCAGCUCCUAGCAUUGCAGUCAAGAGAUCUGAUAGAGAUGUGUCAAUGAUAAUCAAUAAUGCUAACAAGAAGGAUUGGACAAGGAGAAGCUCGCUCAUGGGCUGGGAGAUGAACCUAGAGGAGGACAACGUGCAGAAGGACAAAGAUGAUGAAGAAAUGGGUGAGGAUGACGAUGAGGAGAGUGACGAUGAGAGCAUGGAGGACAAUGAACAUCUCCAAAGAGAGAAAGAAGUUGUUGAGGAAAGAAGGCUAGAGAUACUGAAGAAUCUAGUCAACAGAACUAUUAGUGAAAUGGCCCCUGUUAGCACUGACGAGAAUGCUGCAAAGAUAGCUAAGAUUGAGCAUUUGGACAACAUGAUCAAGGCAAUGCGAGAUGAUCUAGCUAAGAUAAAGGGAGAUGCAGAAGGAGUACAGAUUUGCCUGACAAAUGUCCCUGAAUCACCCAGAACAAUCAGUGAUUUGAGGACACAGCUGGAGGAGAUGAGAGAGGAGCUUCUCAAAAGCCAACAACUUCUCAGUCUUAAAACUAUAGAGUUGGAAGCGAUGCGUGUUCAAAUGCAGGAAUCAGAUUACCAACUUCUCCAAGCAAAUAGAAAUUAUGAAAACAAGAAACUGAGAUGUCAGGAACUUAUGUCAGUCUGUCAGGAGAAAAAUGGCAUGAUCUCUACAUUACAGACUGCUUUGGACCAAAAUGUGGAGGCAGCUACUAAAGAUCAGGCCUUAAAUAAUAAUAUCAAAGAAGUAAUCCUAAAUUUCAGAAACAACUGUAAGUGUAUGCUGAAUGAAGAUGGUGAACCUAGAGGGGAGGAAAUGACAAGUCAAGAAACUCAACAGCUUCUGCAAGAACUGAAAAUGAAAGAUGAGCUGCUGAAUGAACUUAAACUUGAGCACUGUUCACUUGAGAAAAAAGUAUGUGAUCUCUCCGAUAGACUGGCAGAGCAGACUCAUGCACAUGAAGCUGCUGUGGCGAUGGAGAGAGCAGAGGUCAACAAAGUCACAAAUGAGAACAAGGCUCUUGCCAAUGAGCUACAUGUACUGCAGCAGGCAGCCAUUGAGAUGAGCUCAAAGCUCAAAACUCUCCAGAUGGAAUUGAGGACUCAGAAAAAGAUUGCCAAUGAGCUUUCAGAAGAACUCGAUGCAGCCAAAACUUUGAUUAAGGGACAUCAAGCAGAGUAUUGCAGUCAGUCCAAAUCUAUUGAAUCCUUAAUGAAAGAGGCAGAUCAUUUGCGUCAGGAACUUAGUGCCCGCCAGCUCUCACAUGACAAAACAAAGGCUGAAUGUGAGAGGAUGGUGGAGUUGUCUCAUGAGAAGAGCCGACAGAUCAAUGACCUGGAGCAAGAGGUCAGCCAGACCAGAGCAAACAUGUGUCAGCUGGAGGAGCUCUGCACUCGGCUUAAAUAUGAGCAUGAUGCACAGGACAAACUCAUUCAAACACUGAGCAAACUGAACCAGCACAAUGAGGUUCAGAACAUUGUGAGAACAAUUGUAGAGAGUGAGAUCUCUGAGGUAAGAGACAAGGCCAAGAGGAGAAUAACUGCGAUGGAGAAAGAUCUGGCUCAUAAAGAUGCAGAACUAGAGACUAAAGCCCAAGAGCUUUCGAAGGUGAGAGAACUUGUGAACGAUGGACGUAAUAAAAUCAAGACCUUGAGUUGUGAUUUGCAGCAGGUGGAGAGGGAGCGAGCUGAUGUCAGAGAUCAAUUGUGUGAGGCUAACAAGCAGAAAGAACAGUUAGAGAAACAGAUUUUGAUCUUAAGUGAAGAAAACAAAAUGUUUCAGCAGAGGCUAUGUGAAGCAAAUGAGCUGAAGGGUCAGGCUGGACACAGUUUGAGCUGUACAGAGCAAUCUAUUGACCCACAGCAGACUGUGAAGUCUAACCAUGUCAUAGAAGAAGAAAACAUAGAGCCUUUCCAAACAACCUGUCAAGAUCUUUUGGCAGAGCAGAAGCUGAUUGAGGAGACUUGUGGUAACGUAAAUAAGUGCACACAGACAGAUGAGGAGGAAUUGCUGGAGGCCAGACUGAAUGAGACUAAAUCCAUAACUGAAGAUCUUGCACAACUGCAGGAGAUGUAUCAGAAACCAAGUGUUGGUGUCUCGGUUGAAGCUCAGCAGGAAGAACAAAGAGCUUGCAGACCUGCAGAAAACAGAAAACCUAAUGAGGAGCGGGCAGAUGAUAAGCAGGAAAAGGGGCUGGAUGGAGCAGCCAUGGGGAAAGUGGCUCAGGCAGCAAGGCAACUAGAGGGUGACCAAAGGGAAAGGCUGCAGCUAGAGCUGGAAAUUUUAAAGCAGCAGCUGGCUGAGAAGCAGGAUACCACUGUGAAAUUACAAAGGGAAAAAGAUGAUUUGGCUGUUUCUUGUAAAGCUGUUACCCAGAAAGUUGACCGUCCCAAACAGACAUCAAAGGUGAAGACAGAGAAUGAAGGCAACUCUUUUAGUCAAACACAAGAGCAGGUAGCAGUACUCGACAACUCCAUCCUGUCCACAAAGAGUCUCAGAGAAGAGCGCUUCCUCAAACCUGGGCUAGAAAUCAGCUUUACACCACUUAAACCUGACCGAAUGAAUGUCAGGAAACCAGGAGAAGAAAAGUCUGUCACGAAAAAACUCAGAAGUACAGCCAGAAAGAGAAAGAGCCCAGAGUUGGAGAGCUCUGUGGAGUCAGAAAAUCGGAAAAACCGACGGCUGAAGGUGAACAACAGGGAAAACAUGCAGUCUAUUGAGACUCCCACAGUGCAAGGGAAAAAGGUGAGUCAAUUAAACCAGAAAGACUCACUCAGCCUGAAAGGGAAAAAAGAUGGAGCCCUGAAAAAGAUUGGUGACUUUAUCCAGAGCUCUCCAACCCUCUUUGGGAGCAAAGCCAAAAAGAUCAUGAGCAUGGUGAAUGUUAAAUCCCCUGAACCGCUGAAUCUUUCUGAAAACAACAAACCCAAGAGAAUCAAACGAAAGCUCUUCAAGACUCAGUUUUCCUCCCCGCUGGACAUACCCUCUCAACAUAUCAUUGGGAGCAGUGAUGAUGAUCAAGAGAGCAAUCAUUUCAAAAUCAAGAGAAAACUCAGAACAAGAACUGCAAAGUGAAAAUGUAAAUAUUAAUUUGAUGGGGAAGUGUAAUUUUUUGUACAAUUUUUUUACAAAAAAAAAAGGUUUUUGUUCUUCUAAAUUGUCAUAGAUUUUGUUUACUUAAAUGUUGUUGAACAAUUCAUAUUUGAUUCAUUAACACUGGAAAUGUUUGUAAAUAUUUUAGAAAUGUACCUCACAAACUUUUAAAAAAGAAAAAGUCAUUUUUAAAUUUCCUGUGGUUAUUGGACAAAAAGUGACAAACAAAAUGCUGUU